AUGUCGGAAAAGCAAAAGGGCAUCUCCCUUCGCAAGAAGCGGGGGGACAAGAGCAAAAAGGCCCCGCCCGUCAUCAGCGCGCCGCGUCAGAUUAGCGCGCCUAUGCCCGUGGCCGUCGCUCCAUCUUCACUGCCAGGCUCAGGACGCCCUUCGAAUGAAUCCAGCAGAUCUAGGACGAGACAAGAUGCUCCGCCUCCGCCUCCGCAAGCAAACCCACAGCGGCCUGAUAAGACGGCUGCUUUGGUCAAGAGGAGGUACUCGCAAAAGGUCACGACGAACCCUCCCGACUUCAGGGACAGAGCGCCUAUGCCUCAGAUGCCUAUGCAGUACCGGCAGGAAAGGGAGCCGAGCCAGACGAGAGAGCCCAGGCAGCAAGGCAUGUCGAAUGCGCCCAAUGGGUCCAAUGGGCGGGCGUUGCAGGUCGACCCCCGCGCACUCAGAGACCCCAACUUGAAAGUAGAGCAAUAUGUAUCCACUAUCCUCGCAGAUGCUUCCGAAGCCGACAUCAACCGCUACCAAGACGAACUACGCAAGACCAAGCACCGCACUUCCCUUGAUCUCCAGCACAACGUAUACCAGAACCGCACACAGUUUAUCAAGAUCAGUAAAGAGGCGGAGAAGCUCAAGGGCGAAAUGCGAACACUGCGCCAGUUGAUGUCCGACUUGACUACCACACUUGAGCAGACAGCAUCGGCCACUGGCGCAAACAACGAUGCUGCAAGCAACAGGAGAGCUAAUAGAAGUUCGAUUGGCGAUCUUAACCAGCUGCGAGCAGGCCAAUUGCAACAGUUGUACAGGGAUGUCGAAGGCUCGCAGAAGUACCUACCUCCCAUACCCGGACGAUACAUAGUGUGGAAGUCAGGGAAAUGGUUCGAACUAGACUCUGCAACUUUGAAAGCAAGACGACGAGUCAGGUUGCUCCUCCUGAACGAUCACCUUCUGAUUGCGACAGAAAAGAAGGCCCGCAACGAUAUCCCCGGGCAGCGUGAGGGCAAUCGAACAAACAUGGAAUUUACUGCGCAGCGAUGUUUUCCAUUACUAGACACCCAUGUCACAAGGACACCAGAAGAGCGCAUCAUUAUCCGUGCGGGCGCGGAAUCAUUUACCUAUGAUACCAAGAAAGAAGACAGUGGUGACAAGUCCGCUUUCGUUGCAACCUUCCGCAAAACUAAGGAUGACUUGCGUAAGAGUCAAGAAGCCGAUGUGCAAGAAAAGGACCGGACCCAGGACUCGUACAGCCACCUGCUCUCUCGUGACCCUGCACUCAUGAACAGGACAGAGCUUCUUGAUAAUCUUUCUGAUGGUAUCAACAACGAGCAAGCCAACACAUUUAUAGACGUAGAUGGCCAGAAGCGAAAUGUUCGUUGGGUGGAAAGCCAAUUGGAUGACUUGGACAUUGAGAUUGCGCUGCAGCAUUUCGAGGAAGCAGUGGUAAAAGUCGAUCGACUUAAGUCACUUGCGAAGAAUAUUCGUGGCAACGAAAUGGCAAAAGCCAUUGUAACAUACAAGGUCAACGAGCGAGCUGCUAAAUUGGCAAAUGUGCUGGUCAAACACAUGGUAGAGCACAACAACUGGUUCUCAUCUGUACGGCAGCACGUCAGCUGGGUUGUCCAACUAGGUUUCGAAGACAGAGCGCGCGAAGAUUAUCUCGAGGCUCGCGGUAACCUCAUUAAGACUCGCUCACGUCAAUGCGUCUUCGAAGGCAAUCUACCAGACUACAUCUUCCAAAUCUCAUAUAUCUACUUCACCAUCAUCAAAAACACAGUCGACAUGUUCCAGCGCUGUUUCCCCCAGCAACUCAUGUCUGCCUGCGUGAAAUGGGCCAAAGAACAUAUUGACCAGUUCAACGUACUGCUCAAGCGGCAGCUGAGCAGUGUGGAGGAGGGCGGGAACGUGUGGAAUGUGUGUCUGAGGUUGGCGCAUGAACAUGCGGAGAUGCUGAGGGACGUUGGGUUGGAUUUUACGGAGUUGGUGGGGAGAGGGAUUGGGGAGGAGGAGGGGGAGGAUGCGAAGGCGCUAGUGGGGCUGGGUGUGUCGUAG